GCGGAAUCACUCACCUCUUAUAUUUCUAUAAAAACGUUUUUAAAACUUCACCUUACUUCAAAACUUGUAUGAAUCUCCCAGUCAAACACUGUCUGCCUAAUUUCCCGGCAAAACCCCAACAAACCACAAUUACAAUAUGACCCUUUUACCCUUAACCGUCCUCUUUCUCUUUCUCACCUUACUACCCUUUUCUGUAAUUUCGCAGCUAAACGAACGGUCCACACUUCUUACCCUGAAACGCGGUCUCGGAGACCCACCGUCUCUCCACCUAUGGAACGACACAUCUUCCCCCUGCGACUGGUCCGAGAUCACCUGCGUCGCCGGAAACGUCACCGGAAUAAAUUUUAAGAACCAGAACUUCACCGCGGUUCCGACCAAUAUAUGCGACUUCCCAAACCUGGAAACCCUCGACUUGUCGUAUAAUCUCUUCCCCGGCGAGUUCCCGACCGUUCUUUACAACUGCACCAAGCUCCGACAUCUCGAUCUCUCCCAGAACUACUUCAACGGCUCACUCCCCGCCGACAUCGACCGUCUCUCACCACAACUCGAGCUUCUCGACCUCAGUGCCAACGCCUUCUCCGGCGACAUCCCGAAGAAGAUAGGUGCGUUUUCUAAGCUCACGGUUUUGAAUCUAUACAUGAGCGAAUACGACGGUACGUUCCCGUCGGAGAUCGGAAACCUAUCGGAGCUCCAAGAGCUUCGUUUGGCGUUAAACGAUAAGUUUUUACCGGCGGAGAUUCCGGCGGAGUUUGGGAAGUUGACGAAACUCAAGUACUUGUGGUUCGAGGAGAUGAAUUUGAUCGGAGAAAUCCCAGCCGUUCUUUUCGAGAACAUGACGGAUCUCGAACACGUGGACUUUUCCGCUAACAACUUAUCGGGUCGGAUCCCGGAAGGCUUAUUCGGGUUGAAGAACCUAACCGUUUGCUACCUCUACGUAAAUAACCUAACCGGAGAGAUCCCCAAAUCUAUUUCGGCGAAAAACAUUGUUGAACUCGAUCUCUCGUAUAACAAUUUAACCGGUUCAAUUCCAGAAGCGAUCGGCAAUCUGACGAAAUUAGAGUCUCUAAUCCUGUUGGAAAACCAGUUAACCGGCGUUAUACCGGCGGUUAUCGCAAAAUUACCGAGAUUGAAGGUGCUGAGACUCUUUACCAAUAAGUUAACCGGUGAGAUACCGGCGGAUUUCGGUUUACACUCAAACCUAGAGGCGUUCGAAGUAUCCGAGAAUCAGUUAACCGGGAAACUACCGGAGAAUCUCUGCAAGGGAGGGAAGCUCACCGGCGUGGUAGUAUUCUCGAACAAUCUCACCGGCGUUAUCCCGGAGUCGCUCGGGAACUGCGGGUCCCUCCUAACGGUCCAGCUAUAUGACAACCGUUUCUCCGGUGAGUUUCCUUCCGGGAUAUGGACUUCUAGAGACAUGUACAGUCUCCAGGUGAGUAACAACUUGUUCACCGGGAAGUUACCGGAGAAAGUCGCUUGGAACCUUUCGAGGAUCGAGAUAGAUAACAACCAGUUCUCCGGUGAGAUUCCUCGGACGAUAAGCGCUUGGUCUUCCGUCGAAGUGUUCAGCGCUCGGAACAACCGGUUCUCCGGCGAGAUCCCGACGGAGUUAACGUCUCUUUCGAAACUCAUAUCGAUCUUUCUCGACUCUAACGAUCUCUCCGGAGAGUUACCUGAGGAAAUCAUCUCGUGGAAGUCGCUGGUUACGUUGAGUAUGUCGAAGAACAAACUCUCCGGGAAGAUUCCUAGGGCUCUAGGGUUGUUGCCAGCCUUGGUCGAUCUCGAUCUGUCGGAGAACGAACUCUCCGGCGAGAUCCCGCCGGAGGUCGGGAGCCUGAAGUUCACGACGCUUAACUUGUCGUCGAACAUGCUCACCGGAGAAGUACCGGACCAGCUUGAUAACCUUGCGUACGAGACAAGUUUCUUGAACAACACCAAUCUCUGCGCAGACACACCCGUUGUUAAGUUGCAAGAUUGUCGGAAAGUGCUUCGGAGAUCAAACAAGUUGCCUGGGAGAGUCCUCGCAGUGAUUCUGGUCAUCGCUGCUCUGCUCCUCGCCGUCACUCUGGUCGUCACGUUCUUUGUGGUUCGAGACUACACAAGGAAACCAAGAAGAAGCAGAGGCUUAGAGACGUGGAAACUAACUUCUUUCCACAGAGUAGAUUUCGCGGAACGCGACAUCGUUUCGAAUCUGAUGGAACACAAUGUGAUUGGAAGUGGAGGAUCCGGCAAAGUUUACAAGAUAUACAUCGGAUCCUCUGGACAACACGUGGCGGUGAAGAGGAUAUGGGACAACAAGAAGCUUGACAAGAACCUUGAGAAGGAGUUCAUCGCUGAAGUUGAGAUUCUUGGAACGAUCAGGCACGUGAACAUAGUGAAACUACUGUGUUGUAUCUCGCGGGAGGAUUCAAAGCUUCUGGUGUAUGAGUACUUGGAGAAACGCAGCUUGGAUCAGUGGCUACAUGGCAAGAAGAAAGGAGGUGAUGUAGAGGCUAAUACCUUGAAUUGGGCACAGAGGUUGAAUAUUGCGGUAGGAGCAGCGCAAGGACUUUGCUAUAUGCAUCAUGAUUGUACUCCUGCGAUCAUACAUAGAGAUGUCAAGUCAAGCAACAUCUUGCUUGAUUAUGAAUUCAACGCCAAGAUUGCUGAUUUCGGUUUGGCUAAACUCUUGGUUAAGCAAAACCAACAACCUCAUACUAUGUCAGCUGUUGCUGGGUCAUUUGGUUACAUUGCUCCAGAAUACGCUUAUACAUCAAAGGUGGAUGAAAAGAUCGAUGUGUAUAGCUUUGGGGUAGUUUUAUUAGAGCUGGUUACCGGAAGAGAAGGAAACAACGGAGAUGAACAUACAAACUUGGCAGAUUGGUCAUGGAGACAUUACCAGUCUAAGAAACCGAUCGGAGAGGCUUUUGAUGAGGACAUCAAAGAUGCUUCUAACACGGAGGAGAUGACAACAGUGUUCAAGCUAGGUCUAAUGUGUACUAACACAUUGCCUAGUCACAGGCCUUCCAUGAAGGAGAUCUUGUAUGUCCUUCGCCAACAAGGGCUUGAGGCGACAAAAAAGACUGCCACAGAGGCACACGAGGCACCUCUACUGGUUAGUUUAUCUGGUCGGAGGACAAGUAAAAGGGUAGAAGAUGAAGCUUUAGGUUUUGUAUAAUCAAUAAUCACAAAUUUGAGAUGCUUUUAGGAUUUUUAACGCAUGUGUUGUGCGUAAACAAAGCACAUUUUAGGCUAGUUUACUAGAUAAGUCUUCCUGUUCAGAAUAAAUGAAUGAAAAUACUCUUAAUAAAUUUGAUAUUCCUUA